AUGGCGACCAAAGCAGUGAUUCAACGAACAUGCGAUCAGGGUCAUUGUGUAGGGACACUGCAAAAACCUCAGGCUGAAGUGGAGUGUUUGGUUUAUGCUUGUUUAUUAGUGCCCUUGAGGGAACACGUGGCCUCUGGGCUUGGUGACACUUGGUUCUUGCAGCGACCAGCGUUGAAGAGUCUCGGCAGAUUUUGGGAACGGGGACUGGUCGAUCUAGAUCGUCGUUUGUGUGGUGAUCGGUAUCUUGAUGAUGAGCGAGAGCUGUGGCUGCUGUCAUUCUGGUUGCCACAACUGCGACUCCGCGUUCGGGUACGGUCCUCUCCUGUGGUGUGGCAGGAAGAGUCUGAUUUGGAUCUUGAACCAGCGUUUCCGUCGCCACCUCCGUGGAUAAAGCUGCUGCUGGCUCUAGUUGUAGUAGCUCUUGUUGAAUGUGGAAAUGGCAGCAGAACUCGGCAGAUUAGUCAAGCUGCGACAAUGAGUGGUCAGAUUUGUACAGGACCAUCAACUGAGAUCUGCAUAAUCACAUCUUGUAUGGCAACCAAUCUAGCUGUCAGUUUAGGAGCAACAGUGACUAUGAGUUCAGUCUUCCGCAAAACUGCUUCAUCACCUGGCUUCUUUGCUGAAUUAGCAAUAGAUGGCAAAUCAAACCAUGAUUUUGUAUUAUGUGCUGCUACAGUUCAAUCUUCUUAUCCUUGGCUUCGUGUUGACGUGAAGAAAGAAUAUUUUGUUUCAAGUGUUCAAGCUGUUCUGUAUUCUGGUAAACUUACAAGUGUCUAUGUUUAUGUUGGUAACAGUUUAACAAACAACGGGAAUGACAACCAUGAGUGUGGUAAGGCUCCAGAUGCGACCUCUCUGAUUUGGAGAAAUGUUUCUUGCAGUCCACCAGUUUGGGGAAGAUACAUUAAUUUACAGAGAAAAGUGGGAAGUCAUUUUCUUCAAGUAUGCGAGGUGGCUUUCAACUAUGAAUUGGAGAUUGCUAUUCUAGACAAUAUUAAGCAUAUUGAGGGAAAAAGUGUGGCAGUUGAUGAGAAUCAAGAUUACUCUAAUCCUAUUGAUUGUGGUGUCAGUCCUGAUGAGACCAACUUUAAUGCUCUCUUGCAAUGGAAACACAACAUGACUAUUGAUGUACCACCUCCAAGUGCACAGAGUGUAUAUCAGGUGUAUGAGAAUGGUGUACAGCGGCUCUACAUCAAGUCAGCUAGUGUCUCUUUUAAGGGCCUGUAUACAUGUCAAUAUACUGCAGCUAAUGGCUCUGUAGUGUCAAAGUCAUUUACACUGAACGUCAAUGUAAACUGUGAAUGGAGCUCAUGGUCAGAUUGUACAUCGGCAUGUAGUUUUGGUACUCGUACUCGUACACGAGCACGUCUUAAGCAACACAAUGGAAUGGACUGUGUGGGGUUGCCAACUGAGAAGUGUGACAGCAAAGAACCACCAUGUGUACCAACAGCCGGGCAGUCACCAGGAGUUUCUUUUGAUGAGUCGUCCGUGCAAGAGUUGAGUUGCACAGCUUCACAGUAUUCUGGUCUGAGUGGAGACAUUACAUUUGGAUGGUACAGAAAAGAGAAUGGAAUUGAUUCAGCUAUUGCAUUAGACUCUCGAGUAACAACUUCAACGAAUCAUGAUGGUUUGGGCAGAUUUACUGGGAAAUUGAUUUUUGCACCUGUGAAGCGUUCAGAUACAGGAUUAAUCAAGUGCAGGGCUUCUAACAAGUAUGGUGCUAGUGAUAUAUCUUCAGCUACAUCAGUUGAUGUCAAAUAUGCUCCUGAAAUUGUUAAAAUUAGACCAUCCAAUCCAGUAGGAGUGAAAGGACAGAGUAUCACUUUAAACUGUUCUGCUGUUGGUAAUCCCUCUCCAGAUUAUGAAUGGAGAGGUGGCAAAAGUGCAAAAGGAUCUACUCUGGAACUAACAUCACUUGAAUUUAAGGAUGAAGGGACAUACACAUGUAUUGCUAGUAACACUAUUGAAGCCGGUGCAAAGUCCAGUAGGGCAUCAGUACAGUUGAUAAUUGAAGGUCCUCCACAGAGAUGUCUUGUGUUGUCAGUCAAAAGCUAUAAUGACUCUGAAGUGAAUGUCAAAGUCAACUGUCUUGAAAAUGGAAACUCAAGUGUAACUGAAUAUCGUAUAGAAUAUCAGUUGGAUGAUGGCACCAGCAACAUACUGUGGGAAGAAAGAGAAUUCAGUGCUACUGAUUCUCAACCGUUUGUUGUUGUUGGUCUCAGUUCAUUUACAAAUUACAGCUUUAGAGCAACAGCAAGCAACAGGCAUGGCUAUGAACCUGGAAGUUUGGCAGCUGUUAAUGUGGUAUCUGUGACUACUGCUGAAGGCUAUCCCGGUUCUCCCAAUUUAGUGAGUUUAUCAGGAAAUGCUUCUGCUCACUGGUUUGUUGUGUCUUGGUCACCUCCCAGUCCACCUAAUGGUGUUCCUCGCUAUUACUUUGUUUACUACAAACCAGUUGGUGUUCGUCAAGUGAGAGAUGUGGAUGGGUACAAGAUACUGAAUGUAACAGCCACAUGGGCCAAUUUGACAAUGCUCACUCCAUUUACACAAUACAGUGUUGAGGUGGCAGCAGUGAACGUUCGGUCUCAUGAUGGUAAGGUGUUGGAAGGACAAAGAAGUACUGCCAUUGUUGCCAACACAUCAGAAUAUUGUAAGUUUUUAUCAUGAUGUGGCUUGGUAUACUUUACUUUGAAGAUGUGUCGUAUUCAAGUUAGUUGCUUGCAGGCAGAAGUAUGUUACAGUAAUGACAAGUAUGUUUUUUGUUUUAUUUAUUGCUAGUGGUUUAGCACAAUUGUCAGAUUUGUCUUCAUUGUAAUAAAGAUCAGCAAAUACAUUUGGUUGAUUGCCUAGUAAUGCAUGGUAGUUGUAGUUACUUGUAGCACCACAUUGUGUAACUUUCUAGCAGCCUAUACGGUCCAACUAUUGUGAUAGGCACAUAU